ACGCGCCAUUAUGCGCAAUAGCGUUUCUCGUUCCUUAUUACCGCGAUCAUAUGCGCAAUGACAAACAAGAAAUAAAUGUUGUCUUUACCGAUAGCUUUGGAUCGUACGUAUAACUAGAAUCUUUCGGAAAUGUUCGACAAUUAAAGUACAUUGCAAAGAUGUGAAAUGCUCUCAAAUGUUUGGUAUAAGAUACACUGUUUAUCACUUUGACGGGUUGAUUACAUUUCUGUGCUUCGGUUAUGUAAUGCCAUUGGGUAACAAUACGCGGACAAGAAAAGUAUCAUUUGAUGUAAAAGGAAAAUCAACUGUUCGAACAAGUAUUCCAGAGGAAAAUCAGUUUCUGACAAUAGCAGCAGCUUUACCAAUUUUGCCAGGUACACCGGUACCUCCAAAGCUAUUGAAGCAUUCCUACAACUCAUUCAGUUCCACGGGAACUCCAUUUGAGAUUGAACAUGCAGAGGCUGGGAUAUGCGAUGUGGUUACGUUACAAUGGACAGGAGAAUCAAGGACAGUUGUGGCAUCGAGAACAUCUGCCGAACGAGAGAAGAACCCUGACAGAAUAUGCCUUGACAGGCGGGGUCUGACAACAUUUCCUACUGUGAUUGGGGAACCAAAAUUGAGAUUGAUGUCUCUUCAGCACAAUCUUCUGACUAAAUUUCUUGAUUUAUAUGAUAAUCAAAUAGAGAAAGUAUGUGAUCUUGGUCUUUUGGAAAAUUUAAGAGUAUUAUUGAUAGGGAAGAACAGAAUAAGAAAGAUUGAAGGUUUAAAGCAGCUUUCAAAGCUAGAAGUUUUGGAUUUGCAUGGCAAUCAAAUUCAACAGAUUACCGGCUUGGAAGAUCUAUUGUCGUUAAAAGUACUCAACUUAGCUGGGAAUAGUAUUAAGAAUAUAGGCUGCAGUGACUUUCAAGGCUUGAUAUCGCUAAAAGAACUCAAUCUACGUCGGAAUAAAUUAAAGAAGUUGUUAGGAUUUGGUGAGACACCACAAUUACAGAAAUUGUAUCUGAGUAACAAUGACAUUCAUAGGAUUGAGGAUCUGGGCAGUCUUGCGAAGGCCUUGCAAAUCAAAGAAAUAACAAUAGAUGGCAAUCCAGUAACUUUAAAUGCCGAUUAUAUCUCCUUUCUCGUGUCGUACUUGCCAAAUCUUCAGCUUUUAUCGACAAUGCAAAUUAGUGAACAGAUUCGGAGAACAGCAAUGGCUUGGAGAUUUUCGAAGGAACAAUCUAACUCGGCGUUCCUUGAUCUUAGCACGCAAGUUUGCAUGAACGUACGUAGGGAAGAAGUGAUAUCGAAUGCCAAAAUAAAUUGGGAACUUCUCAGAUCUAGGAGUAAAGUUUCCGUUGAUAGUUCUAAUAAAACGGCGGGCAACAUCAAAGGCAACGGCAUCAAUAUACUACACAUGCAAAAUCCGAAUAAAUUCAAUACUGUAAAAGUACUGAAGAACCUAGACAAGACCAAAGCGAAAGGCUUCGGCAGCUUAACAUCCAUAAACGAAAAUGUGGAAGCAAGGAAGAUACAUAUAAAAAAGAGAAGCAGCUCUAGCGAUAAUUUGCUUAAAUUGGAAGAUACGUCUAGAUCAUAUCCUUUGGAAUUUAAGCUUCCACCUAUACUAGGUUCUAUAGUAGAUAGCUUAACGAGCGAUAAAUUUGAAGAGGGAUUGUCUAAAGAUGGUAAAGAAAAAAUUGAUAGAAUGAAAACACUUAGCGAUAUCGAAAACACGUCGGACAGUGAUUUAGACAGUUCAGAGAGUCACGAGAGCUUGAAGAGUGGUUUAAGGUGUCAUCUGUUUCCUACUAACAAUUGUGUCUCAGCCGAUUGCGACAAGUCUGCUAUUUCUAAGCAGUUCACUGCAGCCAAAGAUAUAGCCCCGAUUAGAACGGACAAUUUGCACGGCGAAGAUAACGAGAACCAAGGACAAGAUAAAACAGCUCUCUCUGCGACACGGAAACCUUUGAAAUAUUGCGAUAUAGUAACGAGCGAAAACAAAAGCUUAAACAGUAGAUUGCUUCAGAAUGUGAAGGUAUUCUAUAAUCAAGACGGGUCAAGCGAUUGUCAAUCUAAGUCAACCGUAAGCUCCUCUGGAUAUUGCUCCUUAAGCUCAAAGGCUAGUAGUUUAGACAGUUGUAAAUCAUUGUUAAGCGAUUCUAGUGGCUCGUCAAUACCCAAGAAUACAGUAGCUCAUAAGUCUCACGAUUGCGAUAAGGAGAAAGGUAGAAUUAAGAGCGCUCAAGUGAAGAAGGUGGUGUAUUAUAAGAGCAACAGAGCUGCGACAGCUAGAGCGAAAUUCAAAGCCCUUGCACCACCAAGUCCGCCUCCGCAACAAGCAGUGCCUAAGGACAGGGAGCAGGGUGGGGAUUAUUUGAUAGAAAUUGUUGGUCGAUGUUUGAACAUUUAUGGCCAAGGUGCCUUGCGUUAUAUAGAUAAAACCUGGGACGUGUCGAAGGCCCAGGAUGUUAAUGUCGUGAAAUUUAAUUAUGUGCAAUUUAACGACGUGGCGAGAGUGCUGAGUAAACUGAAAGGUAGAUUCCCUCACGCGGAACAUUUCGUAUUCAAAGAAACCAACAUCAGUCUUCUCGGUCAGCUGAACGCUUUAGCUGAGGUACAAGGAUUAACCAGUAUACAGAUAGACGCAGGGAAUCCUAUUGUGUCUAAGGAUUGGAAGAUGUACGCUAUAUUUCGAUUAGCUCACUGGGGACUUACGGUUAUUAACGGCAAGGAGAUUACAACCGAAGAGAUUGAGCUUGCCAACCAAGAAUAUGCAGGUCUCAUAGAUAUAGUAACAUGUUCACUGCCAGACUCUUUAUUGCAACCUUUGUUGCAAAGACUUCACUUAGAAAAAGUGCAAAGACAAAGCGGGGAGCAAAUCACUGCCAAACAAUUUUUAUUCAACUGCGAUUUGGCACUUAGAAGUGUCGUUGCCAAGGAAGCGUUGCAAUGGAGGAAGGGAAACGUGACACAGGAAGAUCUUAUUUGGAGACACAAAGGAAAAGUACACUUGCUAAAUUUAAUCAGUCUCACUGUAAACGCCAUACAGAAGUUGCAGAUUCUAGAGAAGCAGUGGCCGUGCGUUCUGCAUGAAAUAAUUUAUAACACUUUGUCCGAUUUUUCCGAGAUGGACGUGUACAUGAAACGCUGCAGCAAAACGCUCGAGAUCGACAAGUAAUAUUGUUUUAUUAAUUUUUAUUUAUGAUAUACGAUGUUAUACUUGUAUCACGUGCAAGCGUCACGUUCGAAUUUACUGCAUCAACAUGUAGGUGAAGUGUACAAGGUACAUGUACAGGGACAAUUUUAUGUGCGUGUGUGUACGAGUGCGUAUGUGAUGUGAUAAUAUAUAUAUAUAUAUAUUUGCUGAUUGAUAUCUAAGUAUAGAACAAUAAAUUCUAUAUAAACAUUGUUAACAGAUUUUUUUUAAUGUAUAGUCAUUAAAUAUAUAUUGUACAUUAU